AUGCAGGCAGAGGCCAGAGGGGAUUUUGAUGGCCGAGACCAGCGCCCUGAGCUCGGCAAGGAGACACUGGUCACGGAGCGCCCAGUGGGGACCCCCACCCACAGGCCAGCCCCGGAGCCCCCUGGAACCCCUGCUGAGGAGCAGGGCAAUGUCCCCAUCCCCAGCACUGGCCUUCUGCAGGUCACUGAGCGCAGACAGCCCCUAAGCAGCGUCUCCUCACUGGAGGUUCACUUUGACCUGCUGGACCUGACCGAGCUGACCGACAUGUCCGACCAGGAGCUGGCAGAGGUCUUUGCUGACUCUGACGAGGAGAACGCAACCGGAGAGUCGCCCAGUGGGCUGCAGGCACCAGCUGUGCCCCGGGCUGGGUACCUGCGGUCGCCCUCCUGGACCCGAUCGCGGGAGCAGAAUCGGGACAAGAAACACCUCAGUGAUGCGGAGCUGCCACCGGGACCACCGGACACCUUCCUGCCUGCUGAGCGGCCACGAGAGCCCUGA